AUGAGGGGUCCUAAAUAUGUGGAAUAGGAUAUUAUAAAAAAAGUGUGCUAUGCUGAAUAGUUCCAACAGCAUAAAUUCAAACUUUUAAAUACAAGAUCAGAUCCCCAUCUUUCAAAAAAAGUAUAGCAUUCUCAAACUUUAGCAAAUUUUAUUAGACAAUGAUAAGUAUUAGUAAAUAAGGGCGAACAAAUUUUAUACGAAACUGUAAGUGGAUUUACAGAAGGAAUAACGUCUCUUUAAGGAGAAUGCCAAGAUUUUAAAUCGCAUUGUGGAUAUAGGAAAUUAAAAAACAUAUUCAUCAAUGCCAAAAAGAUCUGUCACUCGUCAAAGUUCAGCCAACUCUAUCAAAUCUCUUAAUUUAUCUUAUAGGAAACAAGAAGCUAAAAAAAUUGUAGGAGAAAAUGAAAAAUUAAUCUAGCGGUUAUAAAGAACUCCAUCAUCCUUUAGAAAUAAAGACACUUUACUAAAGGACUAUAAGAAGUAAGAAUCUCAUAUAUAUAUUCAAGAACAUUGGAAUUAAAAAAUAGAAUUUCUAAAUAUUCGUAAUAAAAUCAGUAAAAGAUGGGUAAAAUCGUUGAGAGGCUAACAAAAACAACUACAAAUCCAAAAUACUCUAAAACAAAUCAAAGCAGAACCAGUGCUCCAACAUAUAAGAAUUCAGCUUUGUCUAAAUUAAGAAUUGAGCCUGAUUCCUAAUAAUAAAAAUUGUAAUUUCCAAGAAUUAAAUGAAG